UCAUUUAAUCAUAUCUUCAUUAUUCUCUAGUUUUCAUAUACAUCCAAGAGUUAAGAGUAAGAGAGCCUUGGUUUUUGACAAAGCUUAGCCUAAGAUUUAUUGUGUGAAGAUAGAUCUUCAGAUUUUAUUAAUACACAAUCUCUGACACGUUUUUAUCAUAAUCUCAGUCUCUUAAAAACAAUAUGUAACACUUCUUCAGUUUCCACGCCCCAAGAAUCUAUAUAAGAACCCCUCCACAACUAUACCAAAGAGCAUAACAACAACAACACCAAAACUAAGAAGAGCUCUUGAGAGAAAUGGAUAACUCCAAUGUACUCGUUAGGGGAAACCGUCAAGUGAAUGAAGAGAAGCCUCCUCCGCGAGUGUGUCCAAGGUGUAGCUCAGACAACACCAAGUUCUGUUUCUACAACAACUAUAGCGUGUCUCAACCACGUUACAACUGCAGGAGCUGUCGCCGAUUCUGGACUCAUGGUGGAGUUUUAAGGAACAUACCAAUUGGUGGAAGGGCCCGCAAAGUCAAGCGUACAAGGAUAGAUCAGCCAUCUGUUUCUCAGGUGGUUUCUGUUGUUGAACAGGUUAAUAAUCACCAACCUUUCUCACAUGCUCAAGAAACCAACGAAAUUCUUGGAACUUUUGGUGGUUCUUCUUCUUCUGCUGCUGCUGUUGGGAACCAUUUCAGUUAUUCGACUGAAACUCAUAGUGUGAUGGCGCCUCCAAUUCGAAGCAUUCCACCAAUGGCUCGCUUUGAUGGAUCUUUUAACCAAGGUUAUUACGGUGAUGGAUUCAAUGAUUUGGUUGGUAAUCCUUUGAUGAACCAAUCAUUUGGUGGAAAUGUUGGUAAUUAUAACAGUUACUUCGUAAAUCAAGAGGAUCCAAACAAGCGAAACCAGAGCUUCAACAACAGCAUGAACAUGAAUCAUAGUGCCAGCACUAGUGGAAGCAGAGAAUAUCCAGGCAUUGAUUACAUGAUCAAUAACAACAACAAGAAGUAUGUGUUUCGUUCCGCCUAUCAUUUGGAGAAGCAUGGUCCUUGAAUCAUAACCGUUUUACCCGUUUUCUUUUAAGCUAAUAAUGUUUCAGCUUUUCGUUUCUUCUGUUGGGUCUUCUUAUUUAAGUUCUAAGAGUUUGCAUCUUUGUAUCAGGCAUAAGUUACUUGUCCGGUCUUUGUAUAAUAUUACUAAUUUAUAAUCA